GGGCGGCCCCGGGGGCGGCGGGCUGCUCGUGCCCGACGCGGGCCCCGGCGGCCAGGACGCGCCCGUCCAGGACGACGUGAAGAUCACGGACCAGGCCAGGUCCAUCCUCAAGAUCAGCAGGGACACGGAGUUCCUGCACAGCUUCCUGCGCGUGGACCAUGGCGACAGUGACUCGGAGGCCGGCGAUGGCCCGCGGGGCCCGGGGCCCGGUCCGGGCCCGCCAGGGCACAAGGGCGGCGACGAGCGCCCGGAGGCGGAGGGUGGCGGCGUCCCCGGAGGCCGCGGCCAGGCCGUCGACCGGGCGAACCACGACGAGCCACCCUCCCGCCGCCACCACAAGGCCACAUUCAAGGAGGUCGUCAAGGACCUGGAGAUGUACGGCGGGCUGGGCGCGCUGGGCGCGCUGGCGGCGGCGGGCCGCAAGGGCGCCAAGGGCCGGCGCGGCAAGGUGAUCCGCGGCGAGGAGGUGUACACGGACAAGGACCGGGCGGCCGCCGUGCAGAUGGGCCACCGCGACAUCAAGCAGAGCCUGCGCAUGAAGCGCCACCAGGAGCGCGUGCACGCGCUGCAGCUGCCCGAGGAGGCGGACGGCAGCACCCUGCUCGCCCUGGGCCAGUACGAGCUGCGCCAGGGCAACACCGACAUCGCCAUCGCCUUCGUCAACAAGGCGCUGCAGCUCUGCCCGGAGGACAAGACGGCCCUGGUGGCGCGCAGCAAGUGCUACCUGCUGCUGGGACAGCCGCGACUCGCGCUUCAGGACGCGGAGAACGCCCUGGGCCCGGACCGCAGCAACGUGCGAGCCAUCUUCCAGAAGGCCGAGGCGCUGUACCACAUGGGCGACUUCGAGCACAGCCUCAUGUACUACCACCGUGGGCUGCGCCUUAGACCCGAGCUGGCCGUGUUCCGGCUGGGCGUGCAGAAGGCGCAGGAAGCCAUCGAGAACACCAUCGGAACGGGCAUCGAGGAAAGUUGCAAAAUAAUGGAGGCAAUGGAGCAAGCCAGAUCUGGCCGGUCAGGAGGCAAGGGCUCGAUGAAGACGCACCCGGUGUCGCCGAGCACCGGACGCCGCAGCUCGGCGCCCAGCCCCAAGCCCCGGGGCCACACUCCGUCCCCGGUGCCGGGGCUGCUGCCCGGGUCCUCGCCCACGCCCUCGCCCGCGCCCUCGCCCAGCCCCGGGCCGCCCUCGCCCACGGCCACGCUACCCGCCGCGCUGCCGCUGGCGCCAAAUUCGGCGCGCAGCCGCUCGAGCAGGAGCUACACCAGCACGACCAGCCCGCCAGCCUCUAGCCGCGACGAGGAGGAGCUGUCCGCGCGCCGCCUGCUGGGCGAGCUGUGCGUGGACAAGCUGUACCUGGAGCAGCUGCUCAAGCACCCGGACAUACGCUGCGCGCGCAAGGAGCGGAGCCGCACGUCGCAGAUCGCCGAGCACGCCGAGGACGGCGUCGAGUUCCUCCGCAAACGGCAGGAGUUCUGGCGGCAGCAGAAGCUGAGCUCCGGGCCCGGUGGGGUGCCCGCCGGCGGUGGAGGCAGCGGUGGUCGACGGCGAGGUACAGAGCGGGGCGUCGCGGUCGGCGGCGCCGGCACCAGCAGCACGACGAGCAGCGCGAGGAGCAGCGCGCGGGGCCACGCGGGUCGCCCGCAGGCAGUAGCCUAGGGCACUGCCAAAACCACGGACAAUUUAAUUAAUUCAUUUAAUAUGCCCACAGGGAAAGAGACUGUCUCUGUUAAGGCCACACAAAGCUCUCCCUGCUUUUGGUACAGCUCAAAGUAUAAACUGGGCUAUCGGGCGUUCGUCAAUAUCAACACUUACGUUAGUGUUGAGUUUAGUAUACAUCAGAAUUUCUUUUAAAAAACAUGCCGUCGUGCGACAUUGUUUACAAGGGCAGGACGGUAGCGCCUGCGGGACACAAACUAGGCAACCAGCCUGCCUGUAGCGCGCGGUGUUGCCUACUCUGCUCUCUGCAGGAGACCGAGCGUGGGUCGGAGCCGUAAGCUGACCUGCCGCGUUUCGGAACUUGUUUUUUCUUCUUUCGGCUUCACUUUCAAAAGUACUCGUUCUUAUGUACUAUAGAAAAAUGAUUGUCUUAUUGUAGGCAGACGACACAUAUCUCGUUUAGACCACGACUCACCACGACUUCUUUGCUUGCCCUCGCAAUUUCCUUAAAACGCUGAGAACGAGACCGAAAUGGAAACAAACCAUAUUACCAGAACCCUGUUGUACCAGGGUGAUUCAGACAAGUCCCAGGUGCGUGCGGGUGUGCUACCUAAGGGGCCGUACCCAAACCACGUGACGCAUUUUGGGGGAAGGGGUGGGGUCUGUAAAAACACCACUCACCACCAUCAGGGGGGACGGGAGUGUUUCGGCCAAGUCACGUGACUAUUAAUUACCUGCUCUAAUAAGCAAGUUUUUGAAAAAAAAAUAACACAAAUUCGUUUAUUGCGUGAUGAAUCACUGAAAUCUGAUGGUGUUUAAUCGAAAAGUCACCACUAAAUUUAGUUUUGAAUACCAGCAAACAUGCACUUUUUGCUAAAAUGCUCUAUAAAGUACCGU